AUGGACGCGUCUCGUGUGGCCCACCGUAAGAAUGAGUACAAAAACAAGGGCGGUCUGAAGCAGGAAGACCUGCGGCGUAGACGUGAGGAGCAGCAGGUCGAGAUUAGGCGGCAGAAGAGGGAAGAGAACAUCAGCAAGAGGCGUAAUUUCCUUCCCUCUGCUGCUGGUGACUCCGAUGAUGAAGGUGGUCCUACCUCUUGGGAGACACCGCUGGCGGAAGACUUGAUCACCAACGUUUUCUCCGAUGACCCCGAUCUUCAAUUGGACGCUACUACCAAGUUCCGCAAGCUGUUGUCGAAGGAGAAGAACCCCCCGAUCGAACGCGUCAUUGAAUGCGGGGUCGUUCCGCGUUUCGUCCAAUUCUUGCAGGGCGAUAACCCUAUGCUCCAGUUCGAAGCAGCGUGGGCGCUUACUAACAUCGCGUCGGGGACAGCAGAGCACACGCAAGUCGUCAUCAACGCUGGCGCCGUUCCUGAGUUCAUCAAGCUGCUCUCGUCUUCAGUCUUGGACGUCAGGGAGCAGGCUGUCUGGGCUUUGGGGAACAUCGCUGGCGACAGUCCGCAGUGCAGAGAUUACGUCCUUCAGCAGGGCGCUCUCCGACCGCUUCUGCAGCUACUCAGCGAAAACCACAAGCUCAGCAUGUUGAGAAACGCCACUUGGACGCUCAGCAACUUCUGCAGGGGCAAGUCGCCUCAGCCGGACUGGGACCUCAUUUCACCAGCAUUGACGGUUCUCACGAAGUUGAUCUAUUCCUUGGACGACGAGAUUCUGAUUGAUGCGUGCUGGGCCAUUUCCUACCUCUCUGAUGGUUCCAACGACAAGAUCCAGGCCGUCAUCGAGUCCGGUGUCUGCAGGCGACUCGUUGACCUUCUCAUGCACCCCUCGACUUCGGUGCAGACGCCUGCUCUGCGAUCCGUGGGGAACAUCGUGACGGGUGACGAUCUCCAGACGCAAGUCGUGAUCACGUCUGGCGCCCUCGCUGCCCUCUUGUCGCUGCUGUCUUCUCCUAAGGAAGGCAUUCGCAAGGAGGCAUGCUGGACGAUCUCCAACGUCACGGCUGGCUCUCCUCCGCAGAUCCAGUCCGUCAUCGACGCAAACAUUAUCCCUCCUCUCAUCAACAUCCUCCAGAACGCCGAUUUCAAGACGCGAAAGGAGGCCUGCUGGGCCAUCUCGAAUGCCACGUCCGGUGGUCUGCAGGAGCCGUCACAGAUCCGGUACCUUGUCUCUCAGGGAUGUAUCAAGCCGUUGUGCGAUCUCCUCACCAUGAUGGACAACAAGAUCAUCCAGGUCGCACUGGAUGGUCUCGACAACAUCCUGAAGGUGGGAGAGAUGGACAAGCAAGCGGCUGGUCCUGGGGGUGUCAACCAAUAUGCGUUGUUUGUUGAGGAGGCGGGAGGCAUGGUUACUAUCCACAACCUCCAACAACACGACAAUCUGGAGAUCUACAAGAAGGCGUUCAACAUCAUGGACAAGUACUUCCCUGAUGACGAGGAGGUCGAUGCUGGCAUUAGCGCGGCCAACGUUGAUGCAUCGGGUGCUUUCGCCUUCAACCAAGAAGGUGCCGCUCCCCCUCCUGGUGGCUUCAGCUUCGGGCAGCAGUGA